CAUUGUUCUGUUUUACGCCCGGAUCUCAGGACCGUCUGAACUCCGCCAGACGGAGGUGCGGUCUUCUUCACCAUUACCCCGUCGGUCGGACGCUUUCCCACCCCAACCUCCUCCCGUGGUGAUUUCGCAUGGCGUGGCAAUCCCCUUCACCCAUGGCUGGGGGUGGAGGAUUCGCCGGACCUGGUGGUGACGGGUCGCCUAACGGUGGACAACCUCAUGGAACGGAGUACACAUUGCAAGGUGUGAUGCGCUUUUUGCAGACAGAAUGGCAUCGGCAUGAGCGAGACCGCAAUGCGUGGGAGAUCGAGCGCGCGGAGAUGAAAUCUCGCAUUGGGCGCUUGGAGGGCGAUGUGCGGACGAGCAAACGGUUAAAUGAAUCGCUAGGGAAGCACGUGCGCUUGCUCGAGGCCGCGUUGAAAAAGGAGCGUGAGAAGGUGAAGAAGUUGAGUAAUAAUGAGAAGGUUGAGGACACCCGGGAUGCUAAGGAGAUCGCUCGUGAGAGCUUAAACGCCAUCAAAUCGCAGCGCCCGAAAUUCUCAAUCGAUGUCGGCGACAACGAUGCCAGCGCAGACAACCAUCCCGAUUUCCGACAAGAAUCCGAACGAGACAAGUCGCGUCUCUACCUGUCCAAGGCCUCCCAGGAGAUCACAUACCACGUUAUUCCCUCGUCGCAGCCGCCCCUUGAUCUCAGCGACCAAGACCUUUCCAACCAUGUUUACGGGGGCCAGCAGCUGCCGCAGCAGAGCUUGGAGGAAGCAUACAUUCAACAGCAACGACAGAAACAACAGCAGCAGCAGGCCAACCAUAUGAUGGCCCGCGAGGUGGCUUUACAGAACCACCAGCCUAUGGCGCCUCCCUAUGGCGAAAAUGCGGCUAUGAACCGUUCUAUGAACCGGUUCGGUAUCCAUCCCGCUCCUAGGGACGGCCUGGAGCGCAGACCGCUGGAGCCGCAACCCCCAGCCGCGUCCGUUGAGAAUAGGAGACACUCUUUGGAAGCUGGUCCGCCAGACGGUGGUGCAGCUGAAGAAUCCCAGAUGUUUGAAGGCCAUGCAGCACCUGGCAAGAAGGGCGACAUGACGGCCCAACAGACGGAGGACCAGCCGGACGACACCGAUGGUUGGAACUUUGACGAGCCGGAGCCGGAGCCUCCGACAGAGCCAAUGCCCCCUCAUCGCCCGGAUGUGGAUGCUUUCCCGAACGCCAAUUUCCCCAAGUCCCCGCAGCGAUCUGCGGCCCUUUCCCACCGUCGGAAGAGCUCCGGGGCGAGGCGCAAGAGCGAGGGUGCUGCGGACAUAGCCGGCGAGGAUGCGAAGCAAAACUCCCAGUUUAAUGUGCGCUUUGUUCUCAGAGGACAUCUGGACGUCGUGCGGGCGGUGAUUUUCACUGGUGGGGGUAGCCCUUCGGAGCCUGAAAUCUGUACGUGUAGCGAUGACGGGACGAUCAAGCGCUGGACUAUACCCGCUACGUUCGGGAACUUUGGCCCUCACGGGCCUAACUCCGAUAACAAUUUGGACAUCACGAGCUACUUCACCCACCGCGGACACACCGGGGCCGUAACUGCCCUAGCCGCGUGCUCUCCGCAGCAGAAUUUCUCUAACGGAGGUCGUGCGACGGGCGACGGAUGGGUGUUCUCUGGUGGACAGGACGCUAGUGUCCGUGUGUGGGAGCGUGGGAGAGUUGAUCCAAAGGCCACGUUGGACGGCCACACUGAUGCGGUUUGGGGGCUCUGCGUUCUGCCUGGCACGGCAGGGUCCAUAUUUGGCGAUGACUGUAGCCAUUACGGUGGACCGGAUCGAAUCCUGCUCGCAUCUGGUGGCGCGGAUGGGCAUAUCUUAAUAUGGGCGGUUAGCGCGCCGCCCCAGCUUUCUUCGCCCCAAGCAGGUUCGCGACGAGCUGGGGGAAGUCGACGCGCGAAUUCGAUCUCUUCGGGAUCGAACUUCCCGUCAUCCCCGCAGCCGAGCAUAGCCACUACUACGCCAUUCCACUACUCCCUGGUCCGCAAGAUCGUCCGGACCGAGUCCCCGUCCCCGACAUGCAUUAGCCCGCUGUCUCUUGCGGGAAUCAACUUUGUGGUUUCCUACACUGAUGCUUCCAUCCUUGUCUACGACACGCGAACCGGGGAGGAGAUCGUGGGCAUGGCCAGCUUGGAGACGUACGACGGUACGCCGUCGACUGGGGUCAACAGUGUUGUGACCAGUACGAUCGGAUUCGACGGGUCCGCUAACCUCGACCCCGCCCGGCAAAUGGCCGAGGAAGAAGUGGUACACGGCGCGACUGGGUCGAGUGGCGUGGAGGGUGUGAUCAUCAGCGGAUACGAGGACAAGCACAUUCGCCUGUUUGAUGCCAACAGUGGCCAAUGUACCUAUGCCAUGCUGGCCCACACAGCCCCCAUUGCCUCCCUCUCGCUCUCCCCUGACGGACGGGAGCUGGUUUCCGCUGGCCACGACGCGAGCCUGCGGUUCUGGGACCUGGAGAAGCGGAACUGCUCCCAAGAGAUGACCAGUCACCGACCGAUGCGGGGCGAGGGGAUCACCAGCGCCGUGUGGAGCCGCGACGGCCGCUGGGUCGUCAGCGGGGGCGGUGAUGGCAUUGUUAAGGUGUUCUCGAGAUAAAUGCGACCCUCGAUGUACGAUUUUAUUUACUAUUCUAUAUCCCCCGCUGAUACUUUUCUUCUGCCCCGUGUACUUUGGACGUACGAAUGGAUGAGCGCUUGGCUGAUUCUUGAGCAUUUGCAACGGUGUUCACUUACCCCUGGCACAUGUUCCUUUCUACUUGUGUGGUUAUAGUUUUCUUUCCUUAUUUUUCCCCCUCCCCUUAUGUGCUACACUUUACGAUUCAUCUUCACUUUCUCUUCUUGGCGAUCUUCAUUCAUCCGUCUUUUCUUUAUCUCACUCUCUUCUACCUUUCCUGUAUGAAGUCUUUUGUGUCGGAGGGCGCUGCGUGGAAUACACUUAUAUUUACAUGGAUGCCUGAAUCAGCUUCAAGCGGCGAUGAUAAGCCUGCAUUUUCAAGAUCGUGUCAAUCGGAGUUCUGGGUUUGUUUCUUUGUUCCUGUACACCAGACAACACCUACUAUAAGCUUCGGCAUCUAC